CCAUGGGAGGCGAACGGAAAAGUUAGCUGCGUUAGUUGUAUUUCUCGUACCGGAUCGAAGUCGUCGUGUUCUGAAUGCUGGUCGCCGUCGCCCUUCGGUGCUGGUGCUGAAGAAAACUUCUUGCGUGCAGCUUGCUUCGAAAGGAAAGGAAAGAAAAAAGUAAAACCCGCCGUGAUCGGAGUUUCAUCGUUGCGCUGUGACUACCGUGAUUAAUCUUUCGGUUUCUGUUACGUUUGUCGUAUUAGUCUUACGCAGAAGAAAAAAAACACUUGUUCGCGAAACGGUAGUGUAACGUAAACAACGCCUGGAUGGGCGUAAGCAUCAGCAAAGGUUUGCCCAAAAAAUCAUUGUGUAUAGUGGUGAGAUAGUGUUGCGGAUAUCGCAAAACAAUCACGCAACAUCGCGCUAAUUGUGCAGUAGUGCUGCUGAUCAGUACGUGCAUCGUUCAAGUAGCGGCGGUAUUAGUUGCGCAAACCGCUCGAUCGAUUGAUCGGUGUGUAACGUGACCACGGGAAUGAUCCUAACGCAGACAGCAUCGAUCAAGCCGGUCCAUACAGCUAACCGGUGCUAAUCCCAUUCCGUUUCGGGGUAAAAGAUUUGAUUAAAAUGUCCGAAAGCAAGUGUGUCCAGUAUGCGAAUCUUUCACGUGUAGUGUAAGGUCACCCCAACCAAAAGGAAAACCAAACGCAUGAUCUCUUCGCAAGGUGGAUUGUUCAUUAGAUUUGUUUUUUUUUUGCGUGAAGAAACGAUACAACCGUACUUGCGUAAAGACCAGGAUCCAGGUGAAAAUGUUUCGUGCGUGUGCGUGUGCACGGUUGCAAUCGUAAACCGGGGUUGUGCAAAUGCAAAUGUGAUUAUGAUGUGUACUAAAAGCACCUGGGAAGGUUAACCACAUACACACAAGUUCCAAGUGUGAAAACAACAAAAAUAAAAGAAAAGAUCCACAAAUUGUGCUACACAUCAGGCAAUAAUAAUAUGUGCAAAAGAAAGUGAGACAACACAAGCAUAGCAAAAAAAAGCGAAAAAAAAAACAUCAACGAAAAAAUUCGUUUCGCAAAACAAAAGUGGCAUAAAAUUAAUAAAAAAAAGUUACUAUUAUUGGGAAGCGCAAGGCCAAACAAAAGUGCGGUGAAUGAUUGAGACAGUGAUUGGCGAACGGCGUUCUAGCGGCUUUGCAGUAGCAGGUGAAGAGAAAACCAUGUCACAUUUUCCCUUCCGAGGCUCGCCAUCCGCACAGAGCACUACACCGACAGUACCGUCUGCGCCAUCAUCACCACCGACAGCGCCGGUUGCGAUGGCCGUCACAACAGUCCCCCCUAGUGCCCGAAGUGCAUCUCCCUGUUCGGCCACGUCCGGUCCACCGACGUCCGGGCCGGGUGGUGCGGCAGGCGGCGGAGGCGGUUCGGGUGGACGCUGUUGCGAUACGGGGCGACCGAUCUUUACCGAUCCGAUCUCCGGCCAGACGGUGUGCUCGUGUCAGUAUGAUCUCAUCAGCUACCAGCGGUUAGCGAGUGCCGGUAUUGCCGGUCCCGGCGGUGUACCGCUCUCGAUGUACAGUGCACCGUACUCGCCGGAAACGAUGGCUGCCUACUUUCCGGCCAUCGGUGCCGAUCAGGCUCCGUUCUAUGCAAAUCCAGCGGCUGCAGGAAUUGAUCUGAAGGAAAACCUCGCUGCUGGUGGCGCUCCGUGGCCUUAUCCCUCCGUGUACCAUCCGUACGAUGCGGCAUUCGGCUAUCCGUUCAACUCGUAUGGUAUGGAUUUGAAUGGAGCAAGGCGAAAAAAUGCAACCCGAGAAACAACGAGCACCCUGAAGGCCUGGCUAAACGAGCACAAAAAGAACCCCUACCCGACCAAAGGCGAAAAGAUUAUGCUGGCGAUCAUCACGAAGAUGACGCUCACGCAGGUGUCCACGUGGUUCGCGAAUGCCCGGAGACGAUUGAAAAAGGAGAACAAAAUGACCUGGGAACCGCGAAACCGGGUGGAGGACGAUGAUGUCAAUCUGGACGAUGAUGACGACGACAACAAGAGCUUAAAGGACGAUAAGGAAAUACUAGAUUCCAAAGAUUCUGGCACUGGUUCGAGUGAAGAUGGCGAUAGACCGUCACGAUUAGACAUGCUGGACCGACCGGGUGGUAGUGAGUGGAACGGUUCACGCAAUGGCAGCGGUCCCAACUCGCCGGACAUCUACGAUCGAGGCGUCCCCGGUCACCAUCACCAUCCGCUGCUGCAUCCCUCUAACUUCCCGCCCCAUCUGCGGCCGGCCAUUUCUACCCCGCCCGAUGUGAGUCACACACCGAGCGGUAGCACUAACCCUAGCACGAAGCCACGCAUCUGGUCACUGGCCGAUAUGGCCAGCAAGGAAAGCAAGGAUUCCGAUUCAUCCUCACCGACGGCCGGCGGCUAUCCGUCGCCCGGUAAAAUCCCCGUCACCCCGCUCGCUGGCCGAGGACUUAAUCCGCUGCACCACCAUCCGUACAUGCGGCCAGAGUUCUACCGGAAUCUGUACGGGCACCAUCUAGCACCGGGUUCGCCCGAGGUGUCCCUGCUCGAAUCUUACCAGCGCACGUUCGGAGCGACAAUCGGGGCCCAUAACGGGCUACCAGUAAGCAUCAGCCCACUAAUAUCGAAAGCCUCCGGCAGUGGGCCACCGUUCGCACCGCUCAGCCUCACCACCGCCAACCACCACCUCCAUCAGCAGCAACAUCCACACACGGCACCACCGCCCGGUGCCUCACCAGCUUCCAGCACCUCCAGCAAUGGGCCGGAAAAUCUAACGCCCACGGCCGUCUCGCAUCCGUCCGGUACCGGGCCGAGCGAAGUGAAGCUGAUCAACGUGCUAGCGAACAGCGCCAAACCUUGACCGAUGGCGAUCAAGUAAGUGUAAGAGCGGGCAGAGUUUAAACAACAAACAAACAACAAACCCUUUUUACCAAAACCAGCGUGUACCAACAGCAGUCAAAGAAAUCCGUUUAUUCCUUCUACGUUGUUUUUUUUUGGUGUACACCACUUCCUUAGCGUUAGUGAACCGGGUUGUACAUGCAGAAAAGAAGAUGAAGAAAAAUAGCCUUUGAUAGACGACAUAAAACGAAACUCAGCUUAGUCGGGGGGUUUACUUAACGGAAUACAGAACAAAACACAAUUUAAAGAAAAUUGGACAAUAAAUUGAGUGCGAUUGAUGCUUCGAUCCAUUCUUGUAGCACGGAAGCAAAACCAUAGUCAAAAAAGUAAACGAAAGCUCGGCAUGAUAAAUGAACUGUGAACAUGGGGCGGGAGUACACCCUCCCGAGUUGACAGGUUGACACGGGAAGGUAGAAAAACGGUCUUGGAAAUUAAGGAAGAAGAAAAAAACCGGAGAUUCUAUACAAAGUAAGGCGAACAGGCUGUUUUCUGCCUCAUCUCUUGCGUUGACCGAAAGAAGAAAAAAAAAUCAACAGCAGAUUAGUUAAACAUUCAAACGCAGAUGAAACAAAUUAAUCAAAUCAGCACCAUUGACACGGAUGUUGAUUCUUUUCUUUCUCCUUUUUGAUGGAUUUGGAAUUCUUCAUUUACUGCAAUUGAUUUACAAUCCAUUUGUUACUUUUUUCCAAUUUUUUUUCUCAAGAAUAAGGGUAGUUUUCGAAACAAAACGGUGUCUGAUAUACGCGGAGGAAUUAUACAUUUGACAGCGCAAUGAUUUUAUUGUUGAAAAUUGAAGGUCUUAAGAAAAAAUAUUUAUUUAUAAUUCCUUGAAGUUUUUGCUGCUAAAUACUUGUUUUAAUUUUGUUAGCUUUCUUUUUUCAAAAUGACACCCAAAAGGCAAAUUGCACUAAGAAGUCAACUCUAUAACUUCCAAGUAAAAACAAUUUACGCGAAUAUCCUUGGUCCGCUAUAUUAGUAUACCUCGGGAACUACCUAUACAUCUUCAAAGACUCUUUUGUUCAAUUAUCUUCCAAUGAUUACUUUCUUAGCUUCCCUUCCACCUGUUCGCUCCCGGUUUCUGUAGUGUGAAGCAUUAUUCACCAUAGAAAGAUUUUACCACCAAAACAAUCAUAAACCAAGGAUCCAAAUGAUAUAAAAAGCAAAUGGUAACACUUACUAACGAAAAGAGUAGCAUUCGUGCGCGCACCGUUGUACAUAGUGGCUCUAGAUUUAUACAUACUAGUAAAAUGCAGCGAGGAAGACAUACAAAGCGCAGCAAAACAAACCAAAAUGCAUCGCGUUGCAUUUUUUCCACCUUUUUUCCGGAUUAUCACCCACACACAUACCCACACACUCACACACCGAUACGAAAGGGCGCAGAACGAGCAGUAACUAGUGUAUGUGAUAUUAAAUUGUAUUAAAUAUUAUUUGAUAAGCGAUAUUGGAAUAGACAACAAUUGUGUAGAUUUGUUGAGGGGGGAUUUUUUUUUCUCUGUUCUCGUAAGACAUCCCUUAGGCCUGUGUUUGGGUUGGUGUGUCACGUGGCGCAUGAGUGAGUGAUAGUAAUUGAGCGAAUGAGCAAUGAACGAGGCCUGUGCUUCGAAUAUUCCUUCGUUAAAAUGGCUUUAUUAAAUUGUCCUAGAACCCACGAUUAGACGACAAUGAUCAAUGUUUUAGGACGUUUUUGGGUGGGAAACCGCACCGAUUGCAUUUCACAUUGCCGCGUACGAAACGAUCAGAUCCAGCAAAAAGCACCCGUUAGCUAGUUGUUGUAGUAAUUAUUUUGUUUGUUCGUUUGUUUGUCUUUCGUUCUUCAUUGCUGGAAAAGAAACCCAAAUGAAAAACCAACAAACGACCAGCGAUGUGGUGGGUAGGAAAAAAGAUUGACUGAAAACAUAUCAUUGUUCAUUAUCAGAGAUGCGUUCAUUUUUGUGCUUCCCCGUAUAAAACCGUGUCGAUCAUCGUGUUGUAUUCAGUAUUUACGUUGCGCUUUACAAAACUCAUAAGUUAAACGUUCAUGCGACCGAAAUUUGUAUAUUUGGCUGCUAGGGAAAUACAAAAAAAAAAACAAAUAAAAAGCAACAACGUUGCAUAGCGUGCAUGUAAGUGUAAAAAAAAAACAAACAAGCAAUGUAAAAAAAAACAAAAGAUGUCGUAGAUAUGUGAGUGUCCUGAUAUCGCGCCCGAAUCUUUAGCGAUCCCUUUUUUUUCUAUCCCUUCCCACGUUAGUUAAAUAUUUAAAUUUUCUUGCUAUUUAUUUUUGCUACACUUUCUUGACACAUCAGAAGGAGAACGAAACGGUUUGCCAGCUGUAAAGAGGUGUUUGUAGUUCCGAUGGGUAAAAGCAUGUAGCAUGUGUCCAGAAGCUGAAGAUUUUGCAGCUUAAAAAGCGAGCUGUAGCAAAACAGUUGUAUGUGUGCGCGAGUCUAGAGUUAUUAACAAAAAUGAGACAAACACAGCAAACAACUAAAUGCUGAAUUUUCGUACCACACUUUCACUCCCAAAAAUACCCUCCCCCAACUAAGCGCGGGGUGAACCGAUUUUUGGAAAGUCAUCCGGUUAGGAAAAUCCCGGCAUCUACCGUGGGACUUGGGAACAGGAAAGUUUAUACAUACUAUAAAUAUAUCAUUGUAAUAAUGGUCAAUAGUCGUAAUUGUGAACUGUAAAUUAUUAUCGUAAUGAAGUGAGCAAGCAAAAAAAACACACGAACCCCGAUCUCCACUAUGGAAAAAAGGGGAAGUAAUAAGUAGUGCUAAUAAUGAUGCAAAACCGAAUUGGAGGAUAUAAAGAAAAAUGAAACAAAGGAGAAAGGGCAAAGAAGUAAAAAAAUACAAGAAAAAAAACCACGAAACGGUAGGACGGGUGGUAAAACGGUAAAAUGAAACCAACGUAAUGUUACUAGUUGCAAUAAAACAAAAAACCGAAAAUAAAACUGAAUGAUAUAAAACUUAUAA